AGAAAUUUAUAGCAUAUACACACAUUUCUUAUAUUUUCACAAAUCAGAUCUCCAAACUAUUAUUUGUGGGUGUAAUCAGCUACGACUCGAAGUCAAUUUUUACAUUAUUACGUUUUAUCUACGAAAUUUGAUAGAUUAUGUAUUUACAUUUUAAUAAUCGUAAAGAAUUAAACGAAUUUAAUACUUCGCUUAAAAACUUUUGGAAUGUUUCAAAACUUGAAUUUGUUGACUUCAACUUUCAUUGUUAUGUAAAAUAGUGAUAUUAAAAUUAAAAACACGUUAAAUUUACUCGGAAUUUGACAAUAACAAUAAAAAAGUUUCAAUUAAAAAGUUACGAGUGUAGUUGUGUUUAAUAUAAUCACGUGUUCUACUUCGGUAUCAGUUUCGUUGUAUCACGUGAAAGAGGUCAAAAAAUAAAUUUCAUUUUAAUCUUCUCUUAUCAAUGACAAAGAAAUAGGUAAUGUUAAAUAUUAUAAAGUGUCAUAAAAAAAGUAUUUAUAACCUAGGUAUAACUAAGGUGAAUUGUAAAAUCUAAAAUUUAGAUUUUAAUAAAGCGAUGAAUGCCGCUAUUGCCUUAUGUACAUUUUGUGAAAUACAUGGACCUAAAGUAAUAUUUACCACUCAAACAUAUCGCAAUUAUGACAAUCAAACUACAGAGAAGUUAAAGUUUUAUGGACCAAAAGAAAUAUUAAAACAAGCGCAAACAACAAUAGAUGAAGGACAACAAGAAUGCGAAGGCUGUCAGAGUAUUAACAAUUUAAAAUACUUGAGUAAUGAGCAUGAUACCAGAACAUCCUUUUUAUCUGCUCAACAACCAUUGACUCAAGAUAUUGAAAUUUUAUUAAAACAUGCAUGCAUCAGGAGUCUUAGUUGUGAGGUACAUCCAGGCAAAGAAGGUGUUUGCUAUUUUGGAGAUGAAUACAGAGGGCAUGUUUUAAGUCGUACUUUUACAUUAAAAGAUGCCCAGGCAAGAGGGUUUCGCAGAUGGUGCAGCUUUAUUGUUUUCAUGAGGGACAAGCAAUUUUUAUUGAACAUGUGGCCAUUUUUAAUUGAUAAUCUAAGAGAGGUCAUUAGAGAAUUACAGGACAGUGCAGAAAGAAAAUAUAAUAUUGAAGAAGCUGAAUGUCCACAAAGAACGAUGCGUUUGACUACUACGAAUAGCAGCUCAGGCUCCUGUCAUAAUUCAACAAAACAAGUUAGAGCACUUAGCAGUAUAACAAAUGAGAAGCAUGUUUAUGUCAGAAUCCACAUGUGGCUUGUAUGGAUCCUUAGUGCAGGCGCUAGACAUUUUAUAGAAAUUUUACCAAUGAGUUUACUAGAUAAAGAACUUAAUUACAAUUUAGAACAUCGUAUAGAAACUGAAGAAGGAUUCACUUUGGUUAAUACAAAAUUACCUGUAAAUUUGAACUUAAAUACAGAAGAAUCUCAAUCAUCAGAAUAUUCUGAGAUUUCAGAUAAUGCUGCUAUUCUUAUUUUAAGAAAUUUAAAAAAAAUACUUAGCAAAGAUCAAUUCAGACAAUUAUUAUACUCCAGUUUAACUGGCAUUCAAAUUUUGGUGAGAGGUCCAAAAACUCCAAGAAUUGAAUUGUUACAUGGGUUAAGUUCACUGGUACCAAGAGCAUGUAGAAGAGUACAUGCACAAGCAGUAGAAUAUCUGGAUCUAAAUAAAUAUAAUUUUAUUGGAGUGGACACAUCGGUAGCUGUACCUUUACCAUCUCCAAAUGUAUGUAGAUUGGAUAUUAUAGCUGAUGAACAUAAAGUUGAAAAUACACCAUCGCAUAUAGUUAAAUGGACUGGUUUACUCCCAUUAAAACUUCCUACAUUAUUAGUAAAACUUGAAAAAUCGUUGGAAGAUGAGAAACUUGGAAAUUCUGUUCUUAAGGCACACUUUAUUGCUUUACAGAAAGAAUGGGCAAAUAUAGCCAGGGUUGUUCAUGCGAUGCGAGGCAGAGGUCAUCGUGGAGAUCUUUCUGGUCUCAUGCUUAGUUUAGGAGCUGGUCCUCAUGAUAAAAAACUGUUAGAUGCAUGGUCUAUGGGUUUACCAUCAAAUCCUGCAUAAUUUAUUUUUUGAAAUUGUAUGGGUUGUAGUAUACCAUUGGGGUACAAACACA